AGUUGUUCGUCUUCUUGCCUAAAUGAAUCAUUGAAUGUUUACAUGCACUGAUUGAUGAUUUAAGAAUGGCAAAUUCAGUAUGCGAUAUUGACCCGGACCUGCUGACUGUGAUAAAGAAGUUUCGAUUUAGGCAAACUAAAGAAAAUGCUGCGAUAAUCAUGAAAAUUGACAGAGCGACAAUGGUGGUAAAACUGGAUGAAGAGCUUGAGAAUUGUUCCAUUGAGGAGCUCCAGGAGGCGCUACCAGAGCACCAGCCACGCUACGUGCUGUUCAUCUAUCGUAAUGAGCUAGGCGAUGGCAGAGUGGCUUACCCGAUGUGCUUCAUCUUUAUCAGUCCCUCUGGUUGCAAACCAGAGCUGAUGAUGAUGUAUGCUGGUACAAGGACUGCCAUUGUCAGUGAGGCUCAGCUUACAAAGGUCUUUGAGUUAAGAAGUGUUGAAGAGUUAACAGAGGAAUGGCUGAAAGGCAAACUUGCACGACUCACCUAAAACUACCAGCAGAUCAAGUAGCUAUAAGAGUCGGAAGUCCUCAAUGUUUGACGUGGUUUAACACACACACAGACAUGAGCCUUUAUAGAAACAUUCAUAGAAUCUUCGACGAGUGUAAUAUAAAUUAAAUAUGAAAACUCACAGCUUAGCAACUGAAAUUCCAGCAGUUGUGAUUAUAGUUAGGAUUAGGCAUCAACUAAGCACAACCACAACUACUUUAUGUUCUGAUACUAAACUGUGAGUACUGUAAAUUGAACUAUGCAUUUAAAGAUACACUCGAGCUUAUGCAUGGGUAUUGCUCUAAUGAAGAGUAAAUGUUUAUUAAAGGAAUAAUAGGUACAUUGGUUAUGCAAUGUUGACGAAUGCUAGAGUAACUGGCACCUUGUGUAGUUAAUAAGUAUAUUACCUUCUAGCCAAACGCGUUUUAGUUUGUCCAAUAUCACUGCUGGUUACAUUACAAACAAAACUUGAAAUCGGUUGUUGAUAUGUAUCAACGUA